AAUGUUGCUUCCGCUUGUUAAUAAAUGUAAAAAGCGGGAUUAUCUCCGCCAAUCGUAUCUCUGCUGGGUCGGCUUAAAUUUUUGUUGCGGUUGAAGUAUGGCCGGGAAGUGUUGCAGAAAGUAAAAAUUGAACAACAUUGCUACAACAUCCUGGAAAGUACGACUACGAUUGUUGCAGUCGUAGUUCCCAUUUUAAGACUAGAUUUGUUGUACAACUUUUUCUUACAACUGAAGUAUGGACCUAGCAUUACCGUAACAUCUUAAUUUGUUAAACUUGAAGUGUGGCUUGUAACGGCAGAUUUUGAAAUCGAAAUUUCGAUUAUUUUGGAAUAUUAAUAUUUUGUUUGGCUGCACGUUGUACAAUGCCUGAAUGCCUGUGCUCUGCAAUGGAACUAAAAACGCCGCAAAAUACAGCAGCGUGAUUUGACGUUUGCGAACUGCGCUGAGUGCGCGUGAUGGAGAUCAUUGGAUUUGUGCCAGUAAUCAGAAUGGAAUCUAUCCUGAGUCAUAUGUUUUGACUUUUGUGCUGAAAUGCGCUCUGGCAUUUCCGCAGUACUUAGUGGCGGCAUGUCACCGAUCCUUUUUCCGUUUGCAUGAGAUAGCAAAUUUUUAUGAUUUCUGAACAAGUGCGAAGCUUUUUGUGGAAGACGUUUUUCACAUAGCGGAAUCCGAGAGAUCCACUGACGAACGACUUGACCAUACAAAAUGGGUGUUCGGACUGGUUUGCUCUUCUUGAUCUUCACCCUGACAGCGCAGAUCGCAAGAAUCGACAGUAGCGAAAACGUUUCUGUACCCGCGCGCCAUAAUUUUGACGAAGUUCUGCGGGCAUAUCGAAAGAUCGGACGAUCUUUUGGUUUGUUGACGAUGCAGGGAAUCGCGGAGGCGCAACGGCAGGUGCAUGCGACUCUGAAGUCGGAUCCGCAUGUCCCGCUGCCUAACAUCUCCCAGCCCUGUAAGGAGAAGCUGUUUUGGAUACUGGGGCAGCUGAAUCCCACAGACCCACUUUCUCCUGAAUGGCUUGUAAAACUACUUGAUGCCCAGGCUAAACCACCGAGCAGCAUCUUGGAAGGCAAUAUUGCGUGGCUGGGAGGUUUUCACGAAUGUAUGAACUUAACAGUGUACAAAAACGAAUCUAAUCCUACCCCCGGUACACUACUGCUGGAAGGACAGUACUGUUUAGUGACCAUUGGUCUGGAGGAAGACAAAAACCAGUCCAUGGUGCCUCUACUUGGUAUUCCGAAAGCACUCCGUGCAGGCUUGUGCGGUCCCAUAGAAUGCACUGCGAGCGACGUUGAGAAAAUGGUCCUUUAUGCUAUUGCACUCCUCCAGGAUUUCCUUAAGGAGAAAUCUCCUCAUUUAUUGCCCGAAAGUCUUAGUGUUACAGAAGUUAAGUGUCCUGCAAAGACCAUUCCCAUGCAGAAGGAUGCUGGCGCCAUUGUGGUCAUUGUCGUUUUGGCUGCAAUUGUGACCAUUGUAUUGGUCGGAUCGGCGUACGAUGUUUUGACGAACGGAAUUUUGACUGAGGUGGAUUCCUUGUCUAUCGGCGUGACAACUGUUACAACGUCAUAUACCUCCUUACUCCCGCCGGAAACGGUCAGCGCUGUGGAACAAGAAACUGAAGUAAAGGAAUCACGGACACUUUUGGGUAGAUUGUGCAUGGCCGUCUCGGUGUUUCCACACUGCCGAAAAUUCUUUGGCGCUGCGUAUGGAAAUAGUGACAUACGGUGGGUGCACGGUGUUCGCGUCCUGAGCAUGAUCUGGAUUAUUCUUGGGCAGACGUAUGCAUUAGGACUUCCGUUGUAUGAUAAUCUGGUCAUUUUGCCGGAAGCAUUGAAGGGCCUUUUUGGUCAAAUGGUCGUUCAAGCAACUUUUGCUGUGGACACGUUUCUGUUUCUGAGUGGCUUUCUUGUGACCUAUCGUUUCUUCGGCAUUUUGGCCGAAAACGGAGGAUUCGACUGCAUGACUCUUCUUCGCUUCUACUUGUCCCGUUACCUACGCCUAUUCCCGACCUACAUGCUUAUUGUGGGAAUUUAUGCUACUUUGACGAAAUAUAUUUCCUCUGGACCAUUAUGGCCACAGGAUGAAGUGCCACUUGGAAAUUGCUCUCAUUUAGCUUGGGCGAAUGCAUUCUACGUAAAUAAUUUCGUGAAGCCGGAAGAAAUGUGCGCACCCUGGACAUGGUACAUCGCUAUCGAUUUCCAGCUUUUUAUCUUGGCUCCUUUGAUUAUUUUGUGUCUUUACGCGUUUUGGAAGCUUGGACUGGCCAUUUGCCUGGUGUUUGUUUGGGCCGUAGCGAUUACUUCGGGAGUAAUUUCUAAGUUGCGGGAGCUGCCUCCUAGUCUAAUCGGCUUUGGGACCGCUGACAUAAGUACAUUCGACCAGAAUUUGAUUCUUCGAUAUUUUAACGAAUACUUGAUAGCGACAUAUUGCCGAGCAUCACCGUAUUUCUUCGGAAUUGCUGCUGCCUAUUACCUCAGAAGGCCGUCGGAAGUGGUUAGACUGAGUUUGUUAGCACGCGUGAUCGGGUGGAUAAUUGCACUAAUUGGGCUGGGUAUUGUGGUAUUCGGCUUGACCCCGGGAUUCAAUGGAUAUCCGUUGUCAGUGGAUGCUUCGGCGGCUUUUAACAGCCUUUCGCAUAUUGUUUGGUCGUGCUCUUUAGCUUGGGUUGCUUAUAACUGCGCUCUGGGUUUUGGUGGAUUGGUGCAGCACUUUUUGGAAUGGAAGUUAUGGUUGCCGUUUAGUAUGAUUUCCUAUAGUGUUUACCUAUUUGGUCCUGUCAUGAUUUGUAUUUACUAUCUCAGUCGCGAGGAGCCGAUUCGGUUUAGUCAUUACAAUGCGAUCACACUCUUUUGGGGGAAUCUCGUUUUUUCCGUACUGGCUGGAUUAGCCGUUUAUCUUUUCAUCGAGGCUCCUAUCCGCAGUCUUUCAAAGUUGUGCCUGGAAAGAAAGCGUGUAACAACUGCGAUUGUUGCACUUCAAUCGUGAUUGCAACUACACGCCCGCUAUUCUUAUUGCGCUGAUAAAUCUUCUAUAAAUCUCUUUGUUAAUAAUUUAGAAUCUUGCAACAACAGUAUCAUUAGUAUGGUACUUACUUUAUGUAAUGUGUAUCUGUAUUUCUCAGUGAAGCGAAGUAGAACCGACCUUUGUUUUUGAUUUUUUUAUUAGAAUUUUGGUAAAAUUACGAUGUUAGUUAUGUUAUUAAUUGGUGAGAAAAUGUUGUUUGUGCUCUGCAGCAGAAUGAAGCUGGUCAUGAUAAUGCGAUU